UAAAAUACAUGUUUUCUACUAUAAUUGUGUGUAUAAUUUCAUUUAUCAUCUAUUGCUGACAUUAUUUUUUCGCUAUAUUAUAAUUGUCUGAUAACAUUGACCUUGAAUGUCGAACGCGGUUACAUACGUGACAAAUAUUUAAAUAGAGUUAUUUCGUAUUUGUUACGGUAAGUAUGUUAUACAUCAAUAUUAUCGAAGGAUCGUAUUUUGAUAUAAAAUAAUUAAUUGUUAUAUACGGAGUAGUGUAUAAAAAGAAUAACAAAUUGUAAACAUCGCACGUACGUUGCCUAGGUAUUUUCGAAUUUACAUGUUGCUUGUGCAUCGCCGACGGUAUGAUAAAAAUUUGUCAUUUGAUAAAUAAAUCUCUAAAAUGCUGUGUACAAAUAAAAACUACUUUAAAUUUAAAAACUAGUGAGAAAUCAAGAGAAAUUACACAUUAUUUAUCAUGUUCUAUAAAUUUUAAACGCUAUUGUUCAACAGUGUCAGUUACUUCAUCAAUGGAAAUGAACAUGGGCACUUUUAAAUUUCUUGAUUAUGAUUGUAUUGGAUUUGACUUUGACAAUACACUUUUACGUUAUAAUGUGACAAACAUGGUACAUUUGGUCUAUGGAACAUUAGCUAACUAUUUAACAACAGAAAAAGGAUAUAAUGCAAAAUAUUUAUUGAGAUCAUUGAAUGACAAGGAUUUAGAUUUUAUGCAAAAGGGAUUGUUCUUAGAUUUUGAAAAAGGAAAUAUACUUAGAAUAAGUGCUGAUGGCAUAAUUCGAAGAGCUUGCCAUGGGACCAAUUUAUUAAGCAUAGAAAAAAUUAAAGAAAUAUAUCCUAAUCAAAAAUGGGAGGCAGAUGACUUUUGCAAUGACAUGUUCUCAACAUGGAAUGUUCCUCUAACAAAAAUGCGAAGUGUAUUAGACUACUUUGAUAUUUCCUUAUCUCUUAUUUUUGCAAGAUUAAUAGACACUCUUGAUGAAGAACAAGAACAACCAUUGAAUGCGUACAAUGUUUGGCCUGACAUGUUAGAUGGAUUAAUUGAAAUGUUUGCUAAGGAUCAUUUUAAACUAGACAGAGGAUGCUUCUUUCCUAGUCUAAAAAAGGAUCCUGAUAAAUAUUUACAUAAAUGCAGUACAGAAAUUAUAUCUUGGAUUAAAAAGUUAAAGAAACAACGUAUUACUUUUCUUAUUACUGGAUCAACUGAUGAUUUUGUUGAUUUAACUGCCACCUAUGCUCUUGGAGAUGAUUGGAAAUCUCUGUUCGAUAUUAUUAUUUGUGAUGCAAAAAAGCCUGGCUUUUUUUCACAUGAACGUCCAUUUCUUGAGAUAUCAGACUGUCUUGAGGGUGCUAUAGUAGAAAGUAAAGAUUUAAAACAGGGUGGGAUAUAUAACCAAGGUAAUUGGAAAGGACUCAUUGAAUUCCUUGGAUAUAUAUCAAAAAGGAAUAACCCUCGUUGUAUAUACUUUGGUGAUCAUCUUAUACAAGAUAUUUAUAUACCAAGUGCAUGUACAGAAUGCGAUACAGUAGCUAUAAUCGAGGAACAAAUGUCAGAAGGAAUGCUUCAUCAAAGAUUAUCACAUCCAGAUGAAAAAAUAUUAAAUUCAACAUUUUGGGGUUCUUAUUUCUGUUUAAAAGAUUCUAAAAUUAAUGUGGACUCAUAUUGGGGUUAUGUUAUAAAAAAGUAUGCUAAACUUUGCAUACCAGAAAUAGAUCUAAUAGCUCGACAGCCAUUAGAAGAAUCUUAUUUAUGUUUUAGUAAAACUGGAAAGAAAUAUGUUGGAUAUUAUCCAGCUAUACCACUCAGUAUAUCAACGUUUUAAAUUCUUAAAUGUGUUAUUUUUGUAGCAUUCAUUUAUGAAUAAUUAUUUUACUUUUUAAUUAUUAUAUUUUUAUAAUAUGACACAAUUAUUAUUAAUUACGACUUAGUACUACAGUAGAUAUAUUAUAACAUGUCUUUACAUGUUUACAUAAUAUAUUCUUAAUUCAAGAUACGAAUUAUACCAGCUAUUAAGGAACAGUUGCAACAAUUAUUAAGCCAAAAGAAACAAGUAACAGAUAAUAUAAAAACGUUUAGAACAAAACGUAUUGAGAAGACACAACAAGAAGGGCUUGCAAUGGUAGAGAAAAUUU